UUCGGUCAGUACCACAUUCAGUCAUCACGUGGCCAGCAUGAAGGGAAUGAGUAACACACACUGCAUUCUAACAUAAUUCAAAAACCUAUCACCAGCCACACCAGAGCAAGGUGCCGAGGCGGAUCACGAGUACUCGAUCGACGACUUCAAAGAAGACUACUCGACCACCGAAGUGGCAAACAAGACGUCGAUGAGCGUUGUGCCUGCCGGUGCCUUUCUGAGAGUGGCGUUCGGAGGCUCCUUCCAGGUGACUGAAGACAUCAUGCAGAGUCAGGUGCCUCCAAGUGCUAUCAACGACCUCACCGUGGUCCAAGUGCGCCUGGGAGCUAACGACACGCUGAAGGUGCAGCUCACGUGGACGUGGCCGGGAGCUCACCUGACAUACGGAAACGCUUCUGCCGUGGAGAUUCGAGCCAGCAAGGACGACGCCAAGCUGGACUCGGAGUUCGAAAAGCAAGAAGAAAUGACCAUGGCUGACGUUGUCGAAGGCAAUCUCGACCCUCUCCCAGCCGGCAGCAAACACAAAGUGACCUUCGCGUUCGCAACCAAGUGGGCCACACUUCGACCUGACGGUGCCUUAGACUGGAAGAUAUUCCUGGCAGCUCGCGCGGCCAACAGCGACGGGCUCAAGUCCAACACUUCUAACGUCGUGCAAGCGACGAACACGCCACCUCCUAUAACGACCACAGUGGCCCCUACUACCACGGUGGCCACUACUACCACGGUGGCCACCACAACGGAAGCAACUACAACGGCAGCAACCACAACAGCAGCAACAACAACGGCUGCAACCACAACGGCUGCAACCACAAAGACAGAAGCCACUAUGAAGGCAACCAUAGCCCAUGGAAGUACUACGGAAGCGGCAACCACGACGGAAAGUACAACCACGACGACGGCCGGCGGGAAGCGCAUGCCGAACUCACCUGAACUCGCUCAACUGUGGAUGUGGGUCUUAAUUGGUGGUAUCGCCGUCAUUGUCAUUGCCACCAUGUUGUUCGCGGUAUUCAGAGCGAGCGCGAAAAGCCAAAAAGCGGUCAGCCGACGGCGGAUUGUUCAACCUGCGUCUGCCGCUGAUUCAGAACUGCUUUAGUUCCUCAUGUUAUCCUUCUACAACGAUGAUGCAUGGUGAACUGUACAUCCGAAACGGUACAUUUUUGUGGAGCGACGCAACAAAAUUUCUGGACUUGGAAACUGUGGUAUGUGCAGCGGGUGCCUCAGCUGACUGCCUCAAAGCGUACAUUAUCGUUCAACUUUGUCAUGUGUUGUUGUUUAAUUUUUGUUUAAAAUAUUGGUGUUGCUGUAGCUAAUACAGCCAAUUUAAUAAGCAGUAAUUCACGCUGCCGGGUGGCCCACCAAACAGCACACUUAAAAAUACACUGACGAUGUAUUUGUGCCCUGGCAAUUAAACAUUGUUGAAUUACAGUGAGACAAAAUGCUA